ACGUAAGUUUUCGUGUCCCGUAACACCUCCAACAACAACAUGACGGUCAACACGUGUUCAUGGCUGAUAUAAGUUAAUAUUCCGAGGUUUGCUCUGCAUUAUAUGAACACUGGAAUAUGAAAUGUAUCGGAUGACUUGGUUGUAUCCACAUAAACUAAAAUGAAGGAGACGUCACAGCGUCAGGCCCACAAAGCCACCAAUACUUUCAAGUUUCAAGGGUUUGGGGAAAAAGUGAAAGCUCUUCGAGUUAGUGCCAGAAAAUUCCUUCUCCGGCGUCCUCAAAGUGAAGAUGGAGAGAAUAUCACCAUCUUUUUCCAGACUCUCAUUAAGUGUAGAGAACUGAAUAUCACUGAAGCUUUCCAGGCUUUUCAGACUGACCUGGGUGGUGACGUCCAGACAACGGUUCAACUGGUUCAUCAAGAAAAGCAUAUAGCUAAGUGUCUGGCUGAUCACUUGGCAAUACCAAACUCUCUGGCAUUGCAUCCACUUCUAGACCUCUUGGUAGCCUUUGCAAAUGACAUCCCUCAGGAGUUCUACCAACAACAUUUUUACCAAUUUUUGCCACUAUUGGUUUCACAACUUUCAACUAAAGAUCCUGAUCAGAUAGAGUCUGUGUUUCUUUGUAUUGUAUCAUUAUUUGUAGUCUUACAGAAAUAUGUCUGCGAUGACCUGUAUGAACUGUAUCAUGUUCAUCAGUAUGCAGCUUUAUUUUCAGAGGCAUACCCAUGGUACAUUAAUGAACUCGCUGCCCAAAGUCUUGCUUUUCUGAUACGGAAGCUUCCUAAUCGGAACACGUUUUUGGGUAUAGCUUUUAGAAAAUUAAAAAAAGAUGAGAGUCAGGUGCAAGGUCUGGGAAGACUCAUUGCAGCAUUAAUGAAGUCGGAUGUAGCUCAGCGUUUACAGAGUAUAACUUCUCAGAUAUUAUCUUCGUUAUUGGAUCUCUUGGGAGAGGAAGAUAUACCAUCUAGUCAAGCCUUGGAAGCUGUCUCUUAUGGCCUUAAAAAUGUUGCUAGUUACAUCACAGCCCAGCACCCAAACAAGAAUACCAAGUGGCAGACAUUAUGGGAGGAAGAUUCUACCCUGGUAUGGCCUACUUUAUGGAGUAGCAUUAAAUCAUUGCUUCCCAGUGCUUGCAUGCCUGGUGCCUCCUGUCAUCAUCUUCAUGCUGUUUUACAAGUGACACAGGUUUUAGUGAGUUAUAAACAAUGUGCACUUCUCAUAGAUUUAUCUGAUGCUUUACAUCAGUGUAAAGCUGUAAUUAAGGCUCCUCUACCAGACAGUAUUGGUAAUACUGUCUUCAAUAUUGUUAGCAUCCUUCUGACCUCGCCUCAUCAUCAAGUUCUUGGUGUGACUCUUAAUGAAACUGUAUUAGAGCUCCUUGAUUCUCAUUACUCUUACAUAAUUAAAUUCAGUGUUAUAAAGCAGUUUGUUGAUCAUAAAAGAUUUGACACAGAGAUCUUACCACUAAUAUUACAUUACAUGAACAGUUUAGUAAGGACUAGUCAAGGGGAAGAUGUUGAUAGAGAAGUGCUAUCCAUGAUUGCCUUCCUUGUUCAGUGUAAACAACCACCAUGUAGCACUGGAAUGGACCUAAGCUCAUGGAGAAAAUACCCACUGGAUUUCACACGCACAAUUUUGGCCAUUGGAAGUGUUUGUGAAAAGAGUGUUCCAUCAUUAAUUGAAACCAAAUUAAGUGGAGGACUGAAAGAAGAUCUAUCUAAUUUAGAGGAAUUGCUCCUGUGCUUGUUGUGUUUACCUCAUGUGAUACCCCUGGAUUAUCAAGAUUUGACUCCAUACCUUACCUGGAUUCUCAGUGAUGCAAUUGAAAUAUUAAGUGACAAGACAGAGAAAGUUAUUGAUGAUGAUAAAACUGCAGCCACAAAAAAGAAAGGAAAAUCAAGAAUUGAGGUCCCAGAUCUCAUUAUUGACUUAAAUGUUAAGCAUAAUAUUUCUUUGAAUGGAAGAAAAAUUUUGUUUUUAUUGGGAGUUUUGAUUGAGGUUAUGGCACAUACAUUAACUGCUGAUGAUUUUCUUGCCAGCCUAAGCCACCAACAAAUAUUAGAAGUUUUAAAGCAGAAAAAGCAUUAUAGAGAAAAUGUUCAUAUCCUGAAGGCAAUGGAUUUGCAUUUAACUAUUGCAUUCACAGAGGAAAAUUCUGACAUAAUAAAUGAAAUUUUUUUGAAAGAUAUUUAUUGUAUACUUGCACCAUCUUUGACCUCUUCAAACCCUCAAGCUCGUUUGUUGGUGAUUCAUAUAUUCUCUCUGUUCCCAGUAACCUUACUGCCACCACCAGAAAAUAUGGGUAAUGUUGAAAAUAUGUUUCAGAUUAUGUUGAAGGCAGAAUGUGUGGCAGUAACACCUUGGGAAUAUAAGGAUCGCUUACGAUAUUUAUCUAUGUUGGAUGCAGAACAUGUGCUGUAUCAUCGUCCAGUGUGUGGAACGUAUGAUCUGGCUCCACUUUUGCUAUUUCUUGGACAGUUGUAUGUAAAUUAUAAAGAUGUUUGGCCCUCAGUUUUACAAGGAAUAUCUAGUUAUGCCCACUCAUUAAGAAUGGAAAUCUUUUGGCCUCUCUGGUUUGCUAGGCUAAAGAUAGCCUCUCACAUUACCAGCCAGGUAUUACAAGGGUAUUCAGUAGACCCUAAGGAAGCUCUCUUCUUUGAAAAUGAAGUUCUUCUUGAUGUUGUCAGUCACAUAGCAAAUCACAGUGGCUUCAAAAGUGUACCACUGAAACCAGAUCAUCUUAAUUUCAGAGACUUACUCUGGAGAGCAAUGAGGAAAUUCCCUGAUAUCUGUGAAGCUAAAAGUAGAGAUCUGGUACCAUUGUUUCUGAAUUUUCUUGAAAAUGAGAUUUUCCCUGCUGACUUUACUAUAGCUCCAACUCAAGAUCUCACUGUCAGAGGGAUUUCCAAUAAUGCAGUUUCCACUGAAGACCUCAGUGAUUCAAUAUUAAAAGAUGAAAGCUUUCACUUGACUUUAGAAAAUGAGUACAAAGGAGAUAAAAUCAAUCAUUCACUUCCUAAAAGGGCACCUAUUAAGUCGUUGUGUGAACAGCUAACUGUUUUUUCACAGUUUCAUAACCCACGAAUGCUGUUUCAGACAAAUAAGUUGGAACAAAUCUACAAAGAAUUUUUAAGCCAUUCAUCUCCUACUCUUCAGAAAUUAGCCCUUGAUUGUAUAAUGACAUAUAAUUACCCUUAUCUCAUACCUUAUAAAGAAAGCUUAUACAAGAUUUUAGAUGAUAAAUCAUUCAAAAAUGCACUAACCCUCUUCAGCAUUGAUGGAUCAGAGCAGUGUGUGCAGGACACCCACCGCAGUGACUUUAUGCCAUUCCUUAUGAGAAUUCUCUAUGGUAAAAUGCAUUUCAAAACAGGCUCCAAUACUUCUGGUAAGGCUAAAAUUUCAGUGCGAAAGUCUGUUGUACUUAGAUUUUUAGCAGGUGCCAGAGAAUCUGAAAUAAAUUCCUUCCUUGAACUGUCUUUUGAUGUUCUAAUGAGUCACCUGAAUGGCACUGCUUUGGAUGUAGUGAAUCAAAGCUCUCAAAAUCUUGACAUAAAAAAAGUUGUACCUCUCAACAGACUACAAGGGGCACUCACCACACUUGAAAAUAUAAUAGAAAAGAUUGGAAACUUAUUAAGAGACAAGAUUCCCUUCUUACUUAAGAUAAUACUUUAUAUAGUAAACCUGGUGUCAUUACUGUUGGAACAACGUACAGAAAUUAAUGAACGAAAUAUUUCUUUUCUGAAAUACCUACGACAACAGGCACAAAAGAGACUCUUGGCAUUUUUCCAACAGUUUGAAGAGUACUGCUGGUCAUCAGAAGAAAUUGAAGCAGUCUUCCAGGCAGUUGUUUGGCCAAACUUAAAACGUCUUCCAGAUGAAGGAAUCGCCACCCCAACACCUUUAUUAUGUCUCUUUCAGUGCUGGGCUGAAAAUCCAAGAUUUUUUCCUUUACUUGGUAAAUGUCAUGAGAAGGACUCUUCACUAACUCCACUGACAAGUAUUGUGAAGUUGCUAAACCAUGAAAAAUGUAGUAACUCUGUAACUGCAAUUAUUUUAAAUAUUGUGGAAAAAUUACUUACACUGGAAGAUUACAGUGCUGUGGAUAGAGAAGGGGAGAAGACUGCAGAGCCACUGAACUUAAGUUCUCACAUUGUAAGCAUUGGGAAACUAGAUUCUCGUGAUGGGGAAUGUAAAAAAAAUUAUGGCUCAGCACUGCUUGUACCUCACUUAGAUGGUCUUUUGCAAAACAUGAAGGUCAUGAUAUCAAAGUUGGGUAAAGGUCAGAGUGUAACCCAUCGUGACCUUACUAUUCUUACUAAAUUGACAGAAUGGGUCACAAAUAAGGAUAUUAGUGAUGACCUGUUAAGCCUUAUUAUUCCACUUAUUGUCAAGAAACACAUCAAAAAGGAAGAAAAGAUAUCUCAGUUACUUGCAACCUGCUCUUAUCUUUUGCCUGUUAUAGACAAUUCAGUUCAAUAUUUACGGCCAUUCAUUACUCAGUUUGGUUGCCUGGAGAGCCGUGAUGCACGAAAUGCACUCUGUCAAGCUGUUACAGCAAUAGCCGUAGUUAAUCCACAUUAUAAAGUUCUUGCAGAUACAGCAGCAAGUUUGAACUCGUGGAACCCAAGGAUGGUUGAAGAAAUUGAUUUUGAACGACGGCUAAGUAGAUACCAGCAGUUGACUGAAUAUUGUAAAACUCAGCAGUGUCUUGAUAAAAUUGAUGUAGACUUUUGUCAACUUCUUUUAUACAACAAUAUGUUUGUAAUAUGUCAUGUUGAGGAUUCAUCCUUAAGAGAUUUGUCAAGUUUGUGCCUAACUCAGAUGAUCGACAUGCUCACUCGGCUGCAGUCAAAUUACCCUUCUGAGUUCAAACAGCUUGUGGUUGAUAAAUUCCUUCCACUGAUUAAACGUGGUCUUCAAAGUGAAAAGGAAGUUGUGAGGACUGAAAUUAUACUUGUUCUUCGCAAAGUAGUUCACAAAUGCCAUACAUAUGUAGACAGAUUAAAAGAUCUUUAUAAAUUAGCAGAUGAGACAGAUGAAGAGUCAGAUUUCUUUAGUAAUAUGGGACAUAUUCAAAGACAUAGACGAGCUAGAGCUCUGGGAAAGCUAGCUGAUAAGUUGAAGAGUGGUGACUUAUCUUUGGCAAGUGAAACCAUCAUAGAUUAUCUGAUGCCAAUGGUAACAGUGUAUCUUUUCAAGGAUAUGUAUGUUAAAGAGGAUUAUUUGAUGUACAGUUCAGUAAAGUGUAUUGGGGCAUUUGCUAAAUUCCUACCUUGGCAUUCUUACUUGAAAAUGUUACAAAGCUACCUGAACAUGUUGCUUAAAGAAGACAUAAAGCAUCUCAAACUUGGGGUGAGAGUUUUAGAUGCUGUAAUUGAUGGCUUUCAUGAGGAUGUCGAAGAAUUUGCUAUUCCGACAACAGUAAAACCACUUGCAGAAGAUUCCGAACUUCAAAAUGUGCAGAAAAAUGAACAACUUACUUCUAAAGCAGGAGAACGUAUUGAAAAUGAUGAAGAGAAUUAUGAUCACUCAGUAGCAAGCUAUGAGAAAUCUUUAAGUAAACCACAGAAAGUAUAUCGCACAUUGGUCAAUAACCUCAUUCCACAAAUACAGAAGACUUUAGCUGCCAGAACCAGAGCUGAAACAGAACACAAACUUAACAGAAGUAAGUAUCCUGAGGAUGAAGAUGUCAAACGCAUUCCUCUUGCAUUUGCACUAAUUAAGCUUCUGAAAAAACUCCCCAGAAAUGUACUUAAUGCUAAUGUUAAUAAUGUGCUUAUGAAAAUGAUUACCUUUUUAAAAUCCAGAGCAGAAAGUAUUCGUGAAGAAUCUCGCAGUAUGCUUGUAAAAAUUAUGCUUGAACUAGGAGGGAAAUAUUUGCCUUGGUUAGUGAAUGAUUUACAAAGUAUCCUAACCAGUGGUUAUCAAGCACAUGUGUUAGUUUACACUUUGCAUUCUGUUUUAACUCAGUUACGCCCUGUUUUGACUGCAAAUGAUGUUGAUGCAUGCAUGUCACAAAUGGUCAACAUUUGUAAAAAAGAUAUUCUUGGUUUUCAAGCUGAGGAGAAACAUGUGGCUCAGAUAACUAGUAAGGUAAAGGAAGCCCGACAUGAUAAAGGCUAUAAUAUACUGUGCUUUACUGCUGAAUUCAUAUCAGCAGAGAGUCUUAAAGAUAUUAUUUUGCCAUUAAAGGAUGUGCUAGCCGAUACACAAGAUAAGAAAGUAGUAAAUAAAAUGGCUAGAUGUUUAGUUGAGAUUGCCAAUGGACUGGAGAAGAAUCAGGGUAUAUCUGUAACUCAUAAAUCUCUAUUCAUUUAUGGAAUUUUAAAUGAAAAAUUAACUGAAAUAACAUCUGACAAGAGUACAGAGAAAUUAACUAAAAAAAAAGAUAUUCAAAGACCAGAUUCAUUAUUAAUUCAACCAGAGCCAAAGAGAGCAAGGCUGAACCCCAAAACUUCACUGAGGGCAACUGCUCAUGUACUAAUUGAAUUUGCAUUGCAUCUUCUAGGUAAUUUAAUGAAAAAAGAAAAAUUGUUGCCAAAAGAGUCAGAGCAUCAGAAAUUGCUAGAUCCAUAUAUUUCAGUGCUGGCCCGCUGCAUAAAUUCUGAAUAUCCUGAGGUAAGCUUACAAGCUCUGAAAUGUGUUACCUGGUUAAUUAAAUUUCCUCUCCCAUCCCUUCAGAAUCAGUUGAAAAACAUAUGUGGUCAGAUGUUUAUAAUAUUAAACAAAUUUUCCUCCCCAGAGCUUGCCAGGGGAAAAAUAUAUGAUCUUGUUCAGUUUUCUUUUAAGACAUUAGCCUUAAUUCUUAAAAAAGUGGAAUUUUACAUGAUGAGUGAAGAGGAGGUUCGUGUGUUGUUACACUAUGUUGAAGGAAAUCUUGAGGACCGUAAUCAACAACAGACAGCUUUUGUUGUUCUUCAAGCAAUCGUUUCAAGAAAGAUAGAUGCUCCUGAAUUGCAUACAUUGAUGAGGCGUGUUCAAGAAAUGAGCAUUACAUGCAAUCGGCGAUACGCACUCAAUCAAGCACGUGUCACUUACUAUGCAUACCUUCUCACAUAUCCCAUGAAGCCCAAACGUGUUGAAGCCAACAUACUAUAUUUCCUUGGAAAUGUAUCAUAUACACAUGAGGAGGGACGGUUAUCUGCCACAACUAUGAUUAAUGCUAUUAUAGCCAAUUUCCCUAUUAAGCUAUUUAACAAAGCACUGGAAACAAACCUGUGGUUCAAAUUGUCUGAACAAAUAUUGAAAGAUGAGUCAAAAGAAAAUCUCUUACUCUUGCAUAAAGCACUGAAGACACUUUUUCAGAGAUCCAGUAGAAAAGAAUUAUUGAUAGAAUUGUGUAUGAAGCUUUUGCAGGUGGAUGAUGAAAAUGUUACUUCAGAUUUAGUAGGUAUACAGCUGGCUUGUAAAGCCUUGAAUGCCUUUCUUGAUGUGCCUUUUAAACUUCUUCCAAAUAGUCUUUUGUCAAGUGUCACUUCUCAAAUAAUCACACUUAUUAAUCCAUCAAGGUACAGUGCUCAGCUUAAUACGAAUAACCAACAGGAUGAAUGUGAUGGGACAGACAUGGAUGCUCAUCUUCGACAAAUUGAUACUACUCUUUGUGCACUUCUUGAAGUGCUGACCAAACUGGUGAAUGCCUUCCAAAGUCAUCCAGAAUGGAAUACAUAUGUUAAAGAAAGUAUGUGGGAUUUUGUACAAGCUCAUUUGCGCUACCCUCAUAUACAGGUGAGGUUAAGUGCUGCUGGCUUGGUAGGUCAUGUGUUAGCUGCACAUCCUAUAGAGGAUAAGACAUCACCCUCACUUGUUUCUUCAACUGACCAAGCACGUUCCCUUGUAUUAGACCUUUGUGGGCUUUUGCAAACACAAACUUCAACUGGCAUUCCUGUUGUGACUCAACUAUCACUUACAGUUGUGAGGAACCUCAUAUAUAUAAUUCGUCAUUCUUGCAAAGUGUCACUAAUCCACAAACUACCUAAAAUAGAUGAUAACAGCGAUGCUGAGAGUCAAAAUAUCAAAACUGGAAACUCUUCUGGAGAAGAAGCCAUUGUACCUAGUGCAGUGUGGGUCAUUCGCCGUGUAGGCGAUAUGGCUUAUGAAGAACUCCAGAAAAGUGGGAAGGAUUAUACUGUAGUGCGAGAAGCAUUAUUAAACCUCAUGGCUGGUCUGGUUGUUGCAAUUGGAGACCAAGUAAAAUCAACGACUCUUCUCACUUACAUGGUGAAGCAUCUUGCUCGUGAAUUGUCUGAUGAACAUAUUCCUACAUCCCUUGUUAAACAAACCCAUGAGGUAGCAGCGCUUGUGAAGGAAUGUGUUGGUCUGGAAACUUACACUCGCCACCUUACUUCAGCACAGGUUGUACUUUCCAAGAAACGAUGGGAGAGACGUGCACAUGACCACCAACAGCGGGCCAUUAAUCCUCAUCUUGCAGUGAAAAAGAAGAGAAAGAAGCAGGAAUCAUUGAAAGAAUCUAAAAAGCGAAGAAUUGCUGAUAGGAAGGGAAAAGUUAAGAUAAAAAAGAAACAUUAAGAGACCAUGUAAUCAUCAUGGAGUAAUUUAACUUUUAUUAUGACAGUAAAGCUAUCAUUAUCUUUGUCUAAAUCUGUUGGUAGUAGUUUUGCUUUCAUACAUUUUAGUGUUUGAAGCUAUGCAGAUGUUACUAUAAUGUCAUUUUUGUAUGACUGCACAGUGCUCUACCAAGAAUUUUUUUAAAAAUAGAUUUGUGACUUAAAAAACAAUAAAAAAUAAUAUAUAAUAUUCCUCUGUUAA